CAAGACCCCUUUUAACUCGCCCAAAUGCACCCAGAGGUUUCUAAAACACCCCAAAUCCCAAAGAAACCCCUGGCAAAGAGGGAUCCCCUUGCACCCUGGGACAGGAACACAGUGGGCUGUGCUGGGGGCACUGGGCUGUACUGGGAGGGCACUGAGGGGUCACUGGGCUGUACUGGGAGAGCCCUCAUCCCCAAAGCCCCUCCCCUGGGCAUCCGUGCCACGGUCUGGGAACCACGGCGGGGUUGGAUCAAGGGGUGCACUUGAUGAUCUGGGAGGUCUUUUCCAAGCCGGCUGAUCCUGGGAUUCUCUGGGUGCCAUUGCCAGGGCAGCACAUGCUGGAGGCUCUGUCCACAGGGGAUAGAUGUGUCUGUGCAGACAGAGAGACAAGGGCAGUCUGCAAAGAUGUGGGGUUAGAAAAGCAGGAGAAGUUGUGGGGUGGUUGUGGAAGGAGAAAGAAGCCUCCAGGCCAGUGCAAGCAGGCCCCCCUGGGCUUGCACAUCAUCUGCCCUCCCUGCAGGUUCCUGUGCUGGAGAGCAGGCCCUGAGGUGUCCCUGAGCAAUGGCCCGGAGGUGAGCCCAGAGCUGGUCCCUGAGGUGGCCCUGAGAAGAAGUGGAAGGCAGAGGUGGUGCUGAGGCAGGAGAGCCCCGUGCUGGGGAAGAGGCUGAGCUGGGAGUGCCCAGCAGCGAGAAGGAUUUGUCCUUCCCAAAGCUUGGGCAGAUGGAGGAGAAGGCUGCGAAGAAGACGAAAAAGCCACGGGUCCCCCAGGCAGGCCCCGAGCUGAGGACGGAGAGCACGGAGGACAAAUCCCCCCAGCAGAGCCUGCUGGGAGAGGCCGUUUUGAAGGGCUCCCUGGCGCAGGAAGGCAGCGGGGAGGAAAAGGCCCGGAGAUGCCCCCGGAGGAGGGGCUGCAAAGCCAGCCCAGGGAGCUGUGAGGAGGAAAGACCCGUCCAGUGCCGGAAAGGCGGCCGGAGCUUGAGCCGGAGCUCCGAGCUGGUGGUCCCUGAGCAGCCUCCCAGCAGGGAGAAGCCCUUCAGGUGCUUGGAAUGUGGGAAGAGCUUCAGGAAGAGCUCCGACCUCCUCACCCACCAGCACAUCCACACUGGGGAACGGCCCUACACGUGCAGGGAAUAUGGGAAGAGCUUCAGGAGACACUCCAACCUGAUUCAACACCAGCACAUCCACACUGGGGAACGACCCUACACAUGUAGGGAAUGUGGGAAGAGCUUUAGGGACAGCUCCGAUUUGAUCCGACACCAGCACAUCCACACUGGGGAACGGCCCUACAUGUGUAGGGAAUGUGGGAAGAGCUUCAGGACCAGCUCCAACCUCUGCAGCCACCAGCUCAUCCACACUGGGGAACGGCCCUACAAAUGCUUGGAAUGUGGGAAGAGGUUUCAGCGCAGCUCACAUCUCCUCAGGCAUGAGCAGACACACACAGGGGAGAGGCCCUUCCGCUGCACCGACUGCAGGAAGAGCUUCAACCGGAACUCCCACCUCAUCACCCACCGGCGCAUCCACACUGGGGAGAGGCCCUACAAGUGUGGGGAGUGUGGGAAGAGCUUCAGCGACAGCUCUGCCUUGAACAAACACCAACGGACCCACCGGUAAGGGAAGCCCUGCGAACCCCAAAUGCGGGAAGAGCUUUGGGCACUGCUCCCACCCCGAAUGACCCCCUUGAUGGUGAGGCAACCCCUGGAGUCCAGUGACUGUCAGUCCAUCCCUUUCCACCAGAAAGGGCCAGUCCCCUUUCCCAGGGGCAGGUUGUGCCAACAGAACCCUUCCUGGGGGGUGUGUGGAGUUUCCUGCCUUGACUGGGACCCCCCAAGGUCACUGCUGGAGGUUGAGAGCAGAGAUCUCCCCCCGAGCGUUGGUCUGGGGGAGUUCCAUCCAUCUCUAAUGAAUAAUUCUUGCUUUGGUGCCAGCUUGAGUAGAAUUGCUUCAACAAUUGCUUUAGUGUAGAGCAGUGUCCUAUCUUAUGCUGUAGUAGUGGUAGUUUUAGUUUUUCUAUUGUGCAGUAAAUAAUUCUGAUGAAGAUCUUUUGUCUGAUCAUUUGUAACCCUAAAUAAUUCAUUUCUAUCAAUAGAUCUGAUUUGCCAUCCUUAAAACCUGGGGGACAAAAGUGGU